CUUAAAUCCACAAAUUCCAUCAUCUUUUUGGCUCAUUCUAAAAUCUAUUCUGUUUUACAAGACAAACUCAACUUUAUCAGUCCCCUCCCUCAAUAUUGAUAUCUAACCCAUCAGCCAAUUUCUUUUUUCUUCUUUUACAAAUAUUAUUUAUUCAUUUGCCAAAUUUUGAGAGAAUUUUGGUAAAAAAAUGGCAGCUCCAAACAUGGCUACAAUCACAGCAUCUUUAGAGAGAUCUCUUCAAAACUGCUCCUUGAACCACCACCACCACCACCAUCACCACCCGCAGAGCAGCACCACCACCACCACCACCGCCGGCGGUGGUGGAGCCGAGGCGGCUCACGGCCAAAAUUCGCCGACGAAUCUCUCUGCAUCCCCGGCCUUGGAGCUCAAUUCAGAAGCUUCCCUCCCUUUCAAUUGGGAGCAAUGUCUCGAUUUGAAGACAGGUGAAAUAUACUACAUAAAUUGGAGGACUGGCAUGAAAGUUAAGGAGGAUCCUCGAACAAUCGAUGCAGAUGAGUUAAACGAUGAUUGUUACUACUCGGAGGAUGAUGACGAUAGCAGCAGCUCAUACGACAGUCAAGGCUCAUGCUCAGAGACUUCACCAUCUUCAUCCUCACCAUCAAGACUUCAAUGGUGUGAGGUGUUUGAUGUACUAUAUGGUGCCUAAACAGCUGGAAAUUUGCCCCAAAUGUUGUGGUCAACUCCUGCAUUUUGAUCGAUCAGAAGAUGGGGGGUCCUCCUGAUUCUUAUUGUUCUUUAUUGUCCAUUUUUUUUAACAGCGGUGAUAUUUUCUGUUUUACAUUCUUGAGUCUUUUGAAGGGGUGUGUUUGGUAAUGGAAGUUGAUAUGAGCUGUGGAGUUUCCAUUAUGAGACAAAAAAAAAAAUGUAUUGAUCCUUUUUUUUUGUGUGUGUGUGUGU